GAGCUGCGGGAGCAGAUGUCUGGUUAUAAGCGCAUGCGGCGGCAGCACCAGAAGCAGCUGAUCGCCCUGGAGAACAGGCUGAAGGCGGAGAUGGAUGAGCUUAGGCUCCGGUUGCAGAAAGAAGUGGAGACCCACGCCAACAACACUUACAUAGAACUGGAGAGACUGGCCAAACGGCACACCGUUCACACAGACAAAGAGUUAAAGGCAGCUACAGCAGAGGAGAAGAGGAUCCAGCAACAGAUCAUUGCCCAGCAAAAGAAGGAGCUGACCACCUUCUUAGACAACCAGAAGAGAGAGUACAGGCUCUGUAAAGAGAAGAUCAAAGAGGAGAUGAAUGAGGACCCCAGUACACCCAAGGAGGAGAAGCAGGAGCGUCUGUCCAGGCACAAGGAGACGGUGCAGCGCUCACAGGCUGAUGAUGAGGCCCAUCUCCUUGACCAGCAGAGGCUGGUCUAUGACAGGAGUUGCCGGGCCAUGAAACGCAGGACACUGGUCAGGAGGCACGAGUUUGAACAGGAGCAAAUGAGAGAGGAGCUGAAUAAGAAGAAGACCCAGAAGGAGAUGGAGCAGGCCCUGAUGAUCCGACAGGACGAGUCCACUCAGGAGCUGGAGCGCAGGCAGCUGCAGACACUGCAGAGGCUCCGUGUUGAGCUGAUCCGCCUGCAGCACCAGACCGAGUUGGAGAACCAGGAGGAGUACAACGGCCGGCGGCAGAGAGAGCUGCACAGGAAGCACGCCCUAGAGCAGAGGCAGCAGCCCCGGAACCUCAAGAUGUUGGAGAUGCAGAUCAAGAAACAGUUCCAGGACACGUGUAAGGUGCAGACCAAGCAGUACAAAGCCCUGAGGAACCAUCAGCUUGAGGUCUCUCCUAAGAGUGAGCACAAAGCCAUCCUAAAGUCACUGAAGGAGGAGCAGACACGCAAGCUCGCCGUGCUGGCCGAGCAGUACGAGCAGAGCAUCAACGAGAUGAUGGCCUCACAAGCGAUGCGUCUGGAGGAGGAGCAGCAAGGAGAGUGCCAGGCAUUGAAGCAGCAGCUGCAGCAGGAGAUGGAGCUCCUGGAUGCCUACCAGAACAAGACCAAGGCCCAGACAGAAGCCCAACAUGAGCGGGAGCUGCAGAAGCUGGAGCAGGAAGUCUCCUUACGCAGGGCCCACCUGGAACAAAAGAUUGAAGAGGAGCUGGCCUCACUUCAGAAGGAACGCACUGAAAGGAUCAAGCACCUGUUUGAACGGCAAGAGAGGGAGAUGGACGCUUUCGAUGCAGAGAGCGCUAAGCUGGGGUUUGAGAGCUUAGGAUCACUGGACUUCCCCAAGGAGGACGACAGAUGAAAAUGGAUGUGUGUGUGGAGGACUCUUCCCUUCUGGUGUAUGGUGUAGACACGUGCUUGCACGGUCUCACUGUCGACUUGACCAUCGUCAACCUCCACAGUGACAACGCUGGAUAACUCUCUCUCUCCCUUUCUCUCUCUAGUCUUUUAGAUACCACAUCAUAGCAUAGUGCUGUCAUGUGCCAGGGGAACUACUUUUGUGCAAUUUAAAAAGGGGGAAAAUAAAACAAGAUUCAUUCAAAACACAAGACAAACCAAGAAACUAAUGCUUAUCAAAAAUAAGAACUGACUCUUUCCUCCAUGCCGUCACAGCUCCUUUUGGUAUAAAAUUCAGGAAAUUUUAGUAAAAAUGAGCACUUUGAUAUGUUUAAGUAUUAACCAUCAUGUUCAUAUAAUGCUUAAUGCGUAUGUUGCAUUGCGAUUGUGGAAUGUGAGCUGCGGACGACACCGUGAUGUUUAGCUGCUUCAUCUUCUCAGAGAAUGUGAAAAAUACUGGAUGUGAAAACUGUGAGCUAAAAAGAGGGUAUGGGGACGGUGUCAGAUGUUGUAUGUACAGUUAUGGAGAGCUUUUACUUAAUUCCAUAUUGCGCUAAAGAAUAUAGUCCUUCACUUUUUUUAAACAAUUACGGUAUUUAUUUCCCAUUGUUCAGUAUUUAGGAUUUAUUGGUAUCAGUUUGAUCAAGGUGUGUAUUUUAUCACAAUGAUUCAACUCAGUAAAACUGCUUAUUGUUGCAUGCACUUUAAAGACACAUUCAGGUUGUGAAGUAAAGCAUGAAUCUGUCAAGAGAUUUUAGCCGUUUGUAAAUAAAAGUGGUCAUAGCAUUUUUGUUUUAAUGCCUAUUGAUACUGAACAUAAGCGCCAUAUUAGAUAUGACAAUUUCACAAAUGCCUUUAUUUAAGUUGUGCCUAUGAAGCGGUUUUGAUUUGUCGUUGUUCUUUCAUGUUUGUUUAGCACGGCCAACACCAUUGUUUGUUCCAUCCCAAUUUGUGAAUAAUUUAAUGUUCACUAAUCAAAGCUAUUGUAAAGGAAAUGGUGAGAAUUGUGCUGUAUAACUUUUGAUAUAAAUAUUUGUAUUUGAGAACCUAACUAGGAGAUACAGAAGAUUUGGUCAAUUACUGAUGAAGGA